AGGAUAUAAACUAAUAUAUUUUUUAAAUAUUUAGGCUUUCUCCUUUUUUCUUUAUUUUAGUUUUUGAAAUUUUCCUUUUUCUAUUUAGCAUUAACACUUGUCUUACAAAUAAAUUCCGCUUAUUUACAAACAAUAGAAUUCACAAUACUAAUUUAUUCUAAAUCUGCAAACAAUUCAAAAUUGAGAAUUUUUAAUUUAUUUAAAUUUUAUUAAUUUAUUAUUAAUUUAUUUAAAAGUCUUCUUUAUUUUAGUAUUUCAGCAUAUAAAGUAUAAACUAGGUUUUUUCAAACUAUCUUUUUUUUUUUUUAAGAUAUGCACUUUUAUUCUCCUCUAUAAUUCUUGAUUGUUUACUCACGUUUUUACUUUUUUCUCUUUCCAAUUUUGUUGUUUCCUUUUUUUUACAUUUUCUCUUUUUUUCGCAUUUUUUAAUUUGUUUCUAUCUCGAUAUUAUCAUUCUUUCAACUUCUCUUAAUUUUUUUCCUAUACAUUUGCAUCAUUUUCCUUCGUUUUUUUCAUGUUCUCCAUUAAUCUCGUUUUUUUAUAGUUUAGAUUUUUAUUGAAAUCUCAAUAUGUCUAAGUUUAAUUAUGCCGACGAACAAUAUACAAUAAGUAAUGUGCCAUUAUUAAAUUUAUUAAGACGUCGUCUGUUCAAAACAUUCCAAGUACAUCAGGUAAAUCUUAUUUUUUACACUUUUAGGUUUACUUUUUUGCUGUUUCCUCUUUUUAAAUAUGAAAUUUAACAUCUUUUCUUUUUUCCCGUUCUUAUUUCUGAAUUUCUUAUUUUUUUGACUUAUUCCUAAACUUUUUUCUUUAAUUAAUUCUUUCAAGUUUAUUUGUCCGUAAUAAAAGACAAUUCUGCUUUUUUACUUUUCUAGCUUAAAUUUGUGUCAUUAAUUAACAUCUAGGAUAAAAAUUUCUUUAAACUUUUCUCGCAUAAUUCUAUUUUUUUAAAUAAUUUAAUUUAAUUAAUAUAUUUUGGUUGUUGAAUUUGAUUUACAUUUUUCUUUUUUUUCUUGAAAACUUUUUUGAUUCUGUUCUUGCUUAUUUUUACUAAUAUCUUUCUAGUGAUAUUUAAUUCUUUUAAACACAUGCCCAUUUUCCGCGCAUUUUCUUGCCAUAUUACUGUAAGUGAGGAACACAAUACAGAUAGUAAUAUUAUCUAAUAAUUUAUAUUAGAUACUAAUAUAACUAAUUAGGUGUAAAUUUGAAUGCACAAAAGUAAAUAGUAUAAAGAAAGGUACGUAAAGAAAUAUUUGAUUAAAAAGCAUAAACAUAUAGAAAUGAAUUAUUUCCUUACGAUUAUGCUAAUGUAACGUAACAAAGAAAUGAGAAAAAAUGAUUUAUUGAAAAGUAAAGUAUUAAUAAAAAAAGAAUAUAUUGAUAAAAACUAAAAUUACAAAAGGUUUUUUAAAAAAAGAGUCGUUUAAUGCAUCGGUUAUAAUAUGUCGAAAUUCUAACUUAAAUUUUUAUUUUCUUGGAAACUACACUGUUAUAUAUAAUCAAUUGAAAAUUUUAAUUAUAAUAUUUUUCUUUAAAUAAUAUUUUAUAUAAUUUUUAAACAGAGUGAAAAGAAUAUUUUGAUCUUCCGAUCAUACUUCCUUAAAAUAUUUACAAUAAUUCGAGUAUUGUAUCUCAUGCGGAAAUUAAAGACGGAUUCCUGUCUAGAGGACCAAAAUAUCCACUUUUUUGAUUUUUUUUUCAUUUAUAGAUCCUUAAAAAUAUUUCCCUAAAACAUUAAGUUAAAACUAUGUAAAAUAAGAAAGUUUAAAGACAUUGAUUCGUAAGGAGAAAUUGAUAUGCAUCAAAUACUCAUAUUUAAUCUUUUUUUUUUUGUUAAGUAGAGAACUAAAGUUUAAAGCGGAAAAGAUCUGUAUAUGAUUUUGAUACAACAUAGUAAAGUUUACUUUUCUAUUAAUAAAGAUUAAUUUUAAUUUUAAUCUAGAUUUAACUUAUUUUAUAUCUUUUUCUAAUUCUUGGAAUUAGAAAAAGCUAAAAAGUAACUAAACCGAGAUUAAAGUUAAUUUACAUUGAAGUAGAAAUAGACACACACACACACACACACACACACAAAAGGAGUGAAUAACACUUUUAUUAUUUUGCAUUCAAUCCAGUUAACAUAAGAUAUUUUUUUUUUAUUUACCAAGAGAUAAUAAUAAAACAGGAUGUAAUACUUGGUUAUUAGUUGAUAUAUUGACUGUAAAGGUCAUGUACAAAAUUUUUACAUUGCAAUUCUCAUUGGUACAGAAACAAUGCUACAAAACAUGAAACAAUUAUGCAGAAAAAUGGCUUCUAACAUAUAAAUUUUGAAAUAUAGAGACUUACAAAAGUCAGAAAUGUUAUCUGAAUAUAAUUAAAUAUGCAUUCCAAAUUUUAUAUUUAUGAAUCCAAUAACUACAAACAAAAAAUCAAAGGAUCAGUCUAAAAAUUUAUUGUCUAGACAGGAAUUUCUCUUAGGACAAUUCUCCAAUUUGAGAUGGCUUUGUUCAAGUAUUUUGAUUUAUUCCGCUUGGCAUUAUUGUUCUUAUGUUUUUGUUUGAAAUUUUUCUAAACUUUCUAAAGCAACACGCAUUAAGUCAAUUAGAUCCGCAAUUACCGAUCUCAUGCGAUACCGACACCCGAAACUGUGUGAGAACGACUAGGCUAAUUUGACGUGCGUGCUAAUUACUUUGCGCGUUCUGAUCCUCUGAUGUAGGAUCGUGGGAUUCCUCGUGUAAGCGAUUUGUCUGUGAAUGUUAACGAUCUCUGGAUCGCAGACAAGAGGGGACCGACGGCCAAGAAACGGAGUCGAUCCUCGCAAUAAAAUAAUCCGUGUAUGACAGCCGUAUCAUUCUAUUCACAGCCGAAUGUAUCAUAUUCAACAUGACGAUCGAUUAUCACGUAUAAGUUCUGUAAAUAAAAUAUAUUUAAAAAAAUAAUACGUAUGUGUAAAUGUCGUUAAAAAUUGUAUUCGACGCGUGUCGUUCCGUCUUUCUUCGAUUUCACAGUUUCCGAAAAUAUACGGAAAUGCUAAUUUAUUAUCCGUUUAAUGUAUUAUUUUCGAUUUCAAAUACUUGAAAGUUUUAUAUUUUAUAUCAUCUUUUUUUAAUGAUUUCUACUGUUACCUUUAUAAGUUUUGAUUUUUGUACUUGACAUUUAAAAGAUUUAUCAAAGUUUAUGUCCCGAGAAAUCCAAAAAGAGAUUAGUUCCCGAGACGUUUCCGGGCCCUCGAUUUCGGCGUCGCGACGCUCGCCCGUAGGAACGGCGCGCGGCGAGCGUCCGUCUCGCGCGUUGAUGAUGACAUAAGCGAGGAACGGCGCGGAACCCGUGUAUUACAGGCCGUGCCCAGCUACGUCCAAUCAAGCUAAUGUUCCAAUAAUUCGGGGCCAACCGCUUAAUGAAUGAACGAAUAGCCUCGACCGAGAGGUUCGAUUAUAAAUGCGACGGCUUACGUGCUACACUGCGUAUUCCGCCGGCGCUGCUCGGCCGCACUCCUGGCAAGGUCUGCGCAGCCCUUGGGCACCGAGGGCGAGGGGGCGGGAGGGUGAAGAACACGUGGGUGGACGAGGCGUAGGUGUUGCGUGCGAAAUUCGUGCGAGCUUUCUCCUUCUCUCUCUCUCUCUCUCUCUCUUUCUCUUCUUUUCAGCGUAAAAUUAUUUGAGCGUUCUAACAAUUAAAUGUAAGGGGCUCGAGAGUCCGAAGGAUAAGUCUAAAGUUUCGAUUUACAUGGGGGAAUUGCGUUGUGUUAUCGCUUCAAUCAGCAUCUUAGACGUGAGUCGUCUUACUUUUUGCGGUCUCCGGCCUCCCGGAAAAAAAAAUAUCUAACGCGUGGAAAGUUUUUUCACACGAAUUAUAGAAAUUAUUGUAGAGAGAUCAUAUGGUUUCGUAAGAUGCCAUUUUUUUCGCAAUCACAAAGGUUUCUGCAUCGUGAAAUGUAUUCACCGUGUACGCCACCAGGCAGGUUACUACGAAAUUGCAAAACAAUAGUUUCCCCCUGUGAAACCUCGGUCUCUUCAUCGGCGAAGAAAAUUCGAAGCGCAAAGAAAGUCUUUCCGUGAAUCGACAAAAAAAAAGUGCGACCGUUCGCUUCGGUCGCAGUUUUUGACUCGAUACCGAAUUUACAAGGCGAGAUUUUGCGAAGGAAAGGAUUUCGCGAAGGAGAGGAACGCUCCCGUACGUUCUCGCCGAGAGGCGGGAAGCCCCGACUGCACUUUCACGAUCGGGAGACGCGCGGAGUUCCUCCGCCCGGCGGCGGCUCUCCCGCACGCGGUGGAGAACGCGCGUGUUGGUCAACGCGCCCGCGCCUCCCCGAGUGACCACCUUCGGCGCGUAUCCCGCGGCCGGCGGGCGCUAUAAGUCGUGACGGGCGAACCCGCGCCAGUGAGGACGCGUUCGUGUUAGCGCGAGGACGCGCGGAGCCGAGAUUCGAGGCCGAGGGCGACGGGCGAGAGAGAAAGACAGAGAGAGAGAAAGAGUGCGGGGCGAUCCUUACCGCCCGGGGGCUCCCACACUACCCUCGUGCGAACAUCGUGUGCAUGCCUCCGCCGCCACCGCCGCCGCCGCCGUGGGGGUUGCCGCCGUAAAUGGUGUCGAGCCCCGCGACCCCGCGACCCCGCGAGACAGGUGGGAGUAACGGCGGAUCUCGGGGUCCCUCUCACUUCCGCGACCUGCAUGAAGGGCACCAGAUAGGGGUCUCGUGAGAAAUGAGGCGGACCGAUCAUGACGGCCACGUCGCGCGGCAGGGCCCACCGCCCUUCCGGGUGCUGGCCGUCCCCGACAGCAUGUACCUGUCGCCGCCAACCCCGGCGCCGCCACCCCCGCGCGCGCCCGAACCUUACAAGGUCGCCCCGACGUCGACGUCCCUCGGCAGGGCGCACCGUCGCUCCAGCUUCGUGAUACUCGCCGAGUCCAGCCCGGCGAGUCCGGAACCCGGCGAUGCGUCGUCCACCUUGCCGACGGGGAGGGUCUCGCCCUUUCGCGGACGUGGCUUCAAGGGCCCACCCCCUCGCUCAAUGUCGAGGCCGCAGUCGCCGGAAGCCGGGGACGGACGUCGACGCAGAGUCGAGCGAAGGGUGUCGGUGUCGCAGCAGAACAGUCCCAGAAGAAGCCUGAUACCGCAGCCCACCUACCGCCAACGGUCCACCUCCCUGACGAAGGACAACGACGAGCGCUCGCCGUCGCCGAAGAUCGGCCGUCGGGUCGACUCGAGGACGCGGCUGAACGUCUCGGGCUCGCGGGGACGGCUGAACGCGGCCGACUCGAAGUCGCGGCUGAACGACACGAGGACGACGCGACCGAACAGGUCCGACACCCGGGGCCGUGCGAGCCUGAACGAGACUAAGGCCCGCUUCAUCUCCAACUCCACCAGCAACCUCGACGGCAACUCGACGACGCGCCGACAGCAGCCGGCGACGAGAGGCUCGACGCGGCUCUCGCCGAUCCAGGGCACCCCGACGAAACCGGAGAAGACGGCCGGCAGGUCGAACGUAAGGGGGAAAGACGGUACGAGGCAAUCACCCACGAAGACCUCGAGAACGUCGCCGCAGAAGAGCAACGCCGCUGUCACUCGGAAGGAAAGUCGGAGCAGAAGCCCGAGCAAGGAGCGCCUCCUCUCGCCGUCGAAGAUACCCCUGAAGGCGAGCAAGGCGACGUCGAACGGCUCGUCGAACGCCGGCAGGUUCAUCUCGAUGCCCGAGCAGAGCGCGGGGAAGGCCGCGAAGGAGGGCAGAAGCGACAAGCCGAACGGCCAGUCGACCCCGAGGGAAAACGGAGCGGAACACUCCUCGGGCAACGCGGAGGAUCUCAUAGAUCUGUUGAAGCAGACGCCGCAGGCGACCGGCACGUCCAGCGAGCGUCUGGUGAACACGACGACGACCACGGCGGUGCAGCCGUUGAACAUCGACACGAACACGCUCCACGCGGAGCGCAACGACGGUACGGCGGCGAGUCUGCCCGACGGAGCGCUCAGGCCCUCGGUCUCUCCCGCGUCCAAGGGCGAGUCGCCGGUGCCCGCCGUGCCGACCGGUCGGAAAGCCUCGCCGUUCAACGGCGAGAGUCAGCCGGUCAGGGCGAGCCAAGCGAUUAACCUCGGAAACGAGAGGAAGGACUCGCCCGUCGGCGCGCCGGAGGGCAGCACCGGGGGUCAGCACUCGAAGAACAGCAGCGUCAGUCAGUCCGUGAAGAGCGUCAAGAUGAACGACGAGGGUACGGGUCAGCAGCGGUCCAGCAAUCAGUCCUCCGCCAAUCAGCAGCGUUCCGGCAGGAGGGCCGACGGGAAGGAGGAACCUUCGGAUGCCGGUUCAACGGCGGUUCCGGCGGAGGUGAAGGGUGGUUCCACGGGCGACAAGAUGCCCACCGUGAUGGAGAACUCGAAGGUCGGAGCGGCCGGGGUGGCGGAGACGGCGACAACGACGACGACGACGAUGACGAGUAACGCCACGGCGAUGAGUAACGGCGCGACGGCGACGACGACGACGACGACGACGACGACGACGACGACGACGAACAACGUCGCGGCGAACAGCAACCACAACGCGAGUGGUGGUGCGGGGGUGAACAGUGAGGCUGUGGUCCGCGGAAGAACGAGGAGGAACGAGAACCGCGGCAGCGACGCGUCCCUGAAGUCGUCCACCGGCGUGUCCACGGACUCGAUCGAGAGCGUGAGGUCGACGGACACGGGGGUGAGCGUGAACACGGUGCGGGGGGUGUCCUCGCCGAGGGAGAAGACGGGCGUGCACACGGUGAAGCGGCAGGAGAUCGAGACCCUCAGCGGCAACCUCGCCCGCGUCGAGCAGAACGGCGAGCCGGCUGUCUUGGCAUCCAGCAACGAGAAACAACGCGACGGUGACAGAUUGCUGGCACGUUGGGGGAGGUCCUUGAGUCAAUACUGCAAGUGCUGCUCCGGCAUGAGGUGCCUCGCUUGCCGCAGGGAUCCCAAAGGUCUCCUGUGGACCAGGAAGCAAGGGAGGGCGACGGUGAUCAACGACAUCCCGCCGCCUGUUGCUACCCCCGCGCACGAUCCGUCGCCCCCCGCGGCGGGUGCAUUGUCGUGCUGGUCGAAACUGAAGGCGCGGUGCAGAUGCGUCCGUCUGCGAGAGAGACUGCGAGAGCUCAAGUGCUGCACGAGAAAGUCGAGGGUCGCCCCUGCCGAGUCGACCGUUUGCUGCCCGCCCGAGAGAAGAUGCGGCGCGCUCUGCCGUCGCGCGUUCGGCUGCUGCAAAUGCAACUGCAAGCGCGCGGACGCGCAACAACGCGCAAAAAACACACGUGCCAAGCACAGCCUUACAAGCGUGGCGCCGCCGCCUUUGUCGGAGGAAUCAAAGGCCAAGAUACCGGACGUUCUGGUGGAGCACAAUUCUGUUAUGCGCGGCGCCAUUCCUUGUCUGCCGGUUCCUCUCGCCUGGUUUUGCCUGGUGUGGAACUUCCUAUUGCCGGGCACUGGAACCUUAUGGAGCGGCCUGUUCAACCUGUGCACCGGACAGCCGAGAUUUUCCGCCGUCGCCGGAAUGAAGUCACGACUCGGUGCAUUCAUUGUCAACCUCAUCGUGGGCGUGGGCCAGCUGUUUACCGUUCUGUUCUGUCUCGUCGGAUGGGGUUGGAGCAUCUGGUGGGGCGUCACCAUGGUCCGCUUAGCUAGAAAGUACAAGCGGUUCAAGGAUUCGGAGGCCGCUAACAACGACCCUGAGGCCAGAGGGGGCGAGACGGCGGCCCUGCCACCCGGCGUGCCGAGUCAGGCCCUGCGAGGGGUGGAGAGGGCGCGAUGAUGCAUUUUUAAUGAAGAGGAGUCCGUCCUCCGGUUAUCUAAAGCUAUUUUGUAUCUCGUUCGACAAGUCUUCGCGUUUUCGCUUUACUGUUAGUAUCAUUUACGAGACUUAUCGUUGAAGACUUGCCGUUCGUACGAAUGAAAUUGUAUUGUUGACGCGAAUAUAAGCAUCUUGUAUGUACACAAACGGUUAUAUAUUUGUGAAGACAAUUAGCCGGCAAGAACGUUUCCCAGGUGCGAUCGAGUCGCGACGAAGAGCGAGGAUUUAAUUAGGAAACUUGCGACGAUAAUAACAUGUUAAGCCGUACGGAACAAGUUCUACGCUGAAAAAGAUCGUGAAUUAUUAAAACGCGAUUUGAUACCCUCGUGCCUUUUUUCCCUCCAUCAUUUAUUCCUCGGCGUUCUCGAAAGGGAGGGGAAUCUUUUUAUUCGGCUAGUAAUAGAAUCUGUAAGUAUAAACGAAUCUCACACCGAAACCUUUUCUCUCGCGCGGCUUAGUGUGUUAUUGUAUAUAUUUAAAUUGUUUAAUUCAAUGAGAGACAUCUCUCGUAAGAAGGGAACGCGAGAGAGAGAGAGAGAGAGAGAGAGAGAGAUUCUCUUGCAGGAUGCUUGCUAAAGUUUCUGCUCUGUUUUUUCCGAAGGAAUCAGGAUUACGAUGCUUGUAUUUUACGAUCAUCUUCGUGAAUUAUUAUUAUUAUAUAAGGCAUUACAUUUAUUGUAAUUUAUUUAAAAAAAAAAAAAAGUUUCUCGAUCUCUCGAUGAAAGAUUGGCAUGACGAUAUUAUUAGAGCAAAUAAUGCCAGAGAAUUAAAGAAAGCUCGAGGCUCUCUUGAUGGAAAUUCUCUUGCGAGCGUAGUUUCCGAAAGCUUUGCUCGCGCAGGAAUUAAGAAUCGACGCUUCCACAAAGUAGACAGAGACUUCGCAGGCGCCCCGCAUUUUUCUACGCAGCGAAAACUUUCGUUCCCGUCGACGAAAGGUUCACUUUUUUUUUGUAAGAAGCUAUCGGCGGCCUAUCAGACUCCGAAGACGUCCUUGAAGAUUAAUCGCUUUCAGUGAAAGCAUCUAUGAACCGAGGCGUUCUUUCAAAAUGUACUAGUUGCGUCGAUGAGGAUGAUUUAUCGGGAGGGAAACGGAAUUUUCUCUGUCUUCAAAGGCAAAAGCGAGGUAGAACUUCACCCCAAACUCCUCCGGGUGUCUCAAUCCUUUCUAUCAGCGGUAAAUUAAUUCUUGAGUGCAUUUUCUUCGCUUUUUUUUUAUAAAGAAAACGAUGCUGUAUAUAAACAUGACGUUUCUUAUCAGAGAAGUUUUGAAAAAUCCACUUAAAGCAAGAAAAAAAAAAAGCCACGAACAAUGUGCGAAAAUGAGCGCAAUGAACUUUGGUCUGGGGUGAUGAGGCAACCCCCCGCAUUUGUCUUUCGGGGUUAAUACGCGGUGGCCAAGCUCGAGAUCUUCGGGGGCAUCGCCGCAAUCUCCGGGGAUGCGGUCUUGAAAUUGGGCGCGCGAUGUCGAUGGGACAAUUACGUUUUGAAAAAACGCGCUUUAUAUUUUUACAAGCGCAAAACACACACACACACAUACAUAUACAUAUGUAAAAGUAUACUCGAGACUUACCCGAUUAAAAACUUAUACCCUACUAACUCUCUUGUAAAUAUGGAAAGAAAGAAUACAUUACUUACGUCAAUUUUUAAUGUAAACGCCUGCCUCUGGAUGUUCUUGCUUCUCCUCGCUCCCUCUUCUUCUCCCCCGUCGCCGCGAUCGCGGAUGUGCUGCUCUUCGCACAUGCGCCUUCACGUAUACGUGCGUCUCUAUCAUCUUUCUCUUCGGUUAGUACAUUUUUUGUUUAUCUAUGAUCUACGGACAUUCUUUACAGCCAUCCUCUCGUAAUAAAGGAACGUAACACGAACGUACUAUACGUAUAACAUUCUAUAAAUAUAAACGUACAUUUAUAUUUAUGGAAUGAGUAAGUAUAAAAUAAGUAUAAAACGCAGCUUUAGGAUACAUUUUCAUCGCCUGGAGAGAGGCAAUCUCGUAUAUUCGCUAAAACGAGAUGUCACCGAGAUCUUUCCAGCUCUCUCCCACCGCUUGCAAACAAAAAGAGAAGAAUAUCGUAUCAAAGUGGCGGGAUAGAGGACAAUAAACGAAAGCUGGAUUUUGCAAGGGAAAAAGCUCAUCUGAUUCAGAAUUCAGCGUCGUCGCUCGUCGCCGCCGUCGUCUCAUCGUGUUAUGACGUCGCAAGAUGCUCAAGAUGAACGGGGAGGAGGCGGGGGGGGCGGGAACGUGCGCAUGCUUCGUGAAAUGCAAAGGAUCUAGCGAGACCAACUGCCCGGUCUGCCGCACACUCUACAAGCAUGCAAAAUCGAUCGCAUGCCCAAGCAGCUCUAUUUCAAGCAGCCCGUCGUUAUCGAGAUCGCGUUUCAUUUUUGCCUCCUCUUUUUUUUUUUUUUUUUCUUUUCGUCGAAGGCCUUGGCGAGCGCUCGGCGGCGGCCGAGUCCCGCGCGAGAUCUCUGAUCGUGCGUAUGUGAGGGAUGUUGUUGGUCCAUGUGGUCCAUGUGUGAUCUGUGUGGACGGUCGAGCCGCCUGUCCUCGAUCGACCUGUAUGUGAUGUAUCGAUCUGUCUGGUGGUGGGUGCUCUUUUCGUCUACGAACCCUGCAACUUCCGCCUACAAUUUCCCCUCGAUUGGACCGGGAUUAAUCUCCUCCCUCCCUCCCUCUCUCUUUUACAGCGGAAGGUACACGUCACGCGGGGGACAAAGCGUCCCGGGAUUAAAAAUCGCGAUCGCGAGAGGGUGGAAAAUUGGCGGAGAGGCGCGAUCGAUCGCGGUUGCGUCAUCGAAACCGCGUUUACCUCGGCUUCUCUCACGCGGGAACAAUGUUUUCAGCGGCGAUUGUGAAAAUAAUCCCCCUUUCCCCGGCGCACCGCUCUCUCUCUCUCUCCCUCUGACACUUCACCGUGUGCCGGAGAUCAAUUUUCACGGGUGUUACAAAAGUGUUUUCGCGCGGCGAGUGGCCGUCGAGUGGGCGCAUCGGUCAUUAAAUAAUACCUUUUUGACGGCGCGAAAUUGGCGAAAUUCGAGACGACCCCGGGCACGGGCGCGAGGACGCACGGCGGGGGGGGGGGGGGAGCACGAUAGCCGUUCGUGUUGCGCACGAAAUUCGCGGCAAUUACGGUCGGCAGUUCGUUCGUUCGUGAAAAUUCGCGAAGUCGGCGGAGAGCGCGCGUGUCUGCCCCGCUAUGUGAUAUACGCGCGCCUUAUCGGCCGCAAUUUAUCGCGACCAUACGUUGCAUAAACUUCCGCGCCGGUUUUAUGUAUCCCUGUCGAGAGAGAGGAAGAGAAAGAGAGAGAGAGAGAGAGAAAGAAAGAGACGAGGGGGUUUAUAAUUGCGCGGCCUUCUCUCGCAUUAUUUCACGCGCCGGGCGAUCAAUUCGCGAUGGUCGCGAGAAACGUAAAGAGGAAAAAAGAAGCAAAGAAAAAAAAUAAGGUCGUCCUCAAAAUGGGUCGGCUAGACGACACGGAGAUUCGUAUCUCGAGUGCAGGAACGUACGCGCGCCCGUGAUCGAUUUAAGUAUCUCGUGUUACGCGAUUAUUCGUGGAACGUGGUACUAACGAAGCGGAAAGCGAGCAUUUCUUCUCCUCCUCGCGAAGGGAAGAAAGGGAAAUUCCUUUUGAGAUAACCCGUGAGAGACGAACGCAGAGAUAACGAACGAGGGAGAAAAAGAAGUGUCCAGGGGGGGGGGGGGACACAGUAAGACCGAAAAAAAUCGCCUUUGUAUCGAAUGUUUUAAUUACAGCCGACAGGUAUAACGAGGAAUAUAUAUAUAUGUGAUAUAUUUCACUUCGGUCGUGUGAGUCAAAAGAAAGUCUCGUAAUAAAAUAUAAACUUGCGAGGAGUAAAAGAAAAAGUACGGCGUGCAGCAAUUAAUCUGCGAUUAAAUCCCGUUAAACUGGAUAUUCUGAAUAUACCAUCGCGUAUAUUUAUAAAACACGAGAGUCUCGGGUAACAGAGAGUUAAACGGUGUCAAAAGCGAUACGAAAGAGAAAUAAAAUGUACAAAGCAUGCAGUUAUUUUUUUUUUUCAACGUCACACGCGCAACAGCGCGUGAUUGUUAAGGCUAUAACAAUUAUUUUGUUAAACAAUUCAAAGUGUAAUUGUAUGGUAUGCUCGGUAUAUCACGUGGAUUUGUCACCGGUUUCCCUUUUACGAGCAAUGUUUUUUUUUUUUUCGCAACGAUCGCAAUUGCACAAUCGCUGCAAAAUGAGUAUAUUUCUGAGUAGUAUAUAGUAUAAUUGAGGCGGGCGAAUGGUAUCGGAGGGUGAGACGAAUUAAGAUUAAAGACUCACGGAAAUUAUGUAUGUAUAUACAGUAGAAGCGUGAAAAAGAGUGAAUAGGUUGACGACCGGAGGAGUCGAUGAGACAAGUUGAGGUAUGUUAAAGCCGAGUCUUUUAAAUUUUAAUGCGACUCACCCGCCAGGAACCUAUUCACCUACUCUACUAAUAUCUCGGAAUUAGCUCAACCAUCCUUAACUUUAAACAGAACUUGCUCCCGCAAAGUUUUGAUGUAAAAUUAAAAAUAUAUAUAUAUUUAAUGCCGAAUUAACGUUGAGAAAUUGUGAAAAAAGUUCUUGGUCGUAAAAAUGUGAUAUUAAAAAAAAAAAAUUGUAAUAUUAUAAAAAAAAAUAAUUAAGAUUUCUCUUGAAAGCUCGAUUUCAGACUGAUUAAAAACUAUAUGCGACAGGAAUAUUCCUGGACGUUCUAUGUAUAAUUCAUAAUUGAUUGGAAAAAGUCUGACGCGUCUUUUAUAAUCUCCUACAUUUAUCAUAACGUUAUUAAAAAUUGACUGCAUCAAAAUUUUGUGCUUCUACUAACUAAUCAUUUAUGUUUUAUAGUUAUUAAAAACGUUAUUAAAAAUUCACUGCAUUAUGUAUAAUUCAUAAUUGAUUGGAAAAAGUCUGACGCGUCUUUUAUAAUCGCCUACAUUUGUCAUAACGUUAUUAAAAAUUGACUGCAUCAAAAUUACCUGCUUCUACUAACUAAUCAUUUACGUUUUAUAGUUGCACGAUAAAAAAAAAAUAAAAUUAAAAACAAAAGAUCGGGUCCUAGUUAAAACCCUCCAGGGAUUGAUUGUUCUGUUUCCGAGUUAUCAACAUUAUGCCGUGGUAUAUGGUGUGGGUGUCAAUGAAUCGAGUCGCUGACGCUGGAUAUAUAUAUAUAUUGAGUAGUAUAUGUUUUAAUGAUGUGACUCCAUAAUAUGUCAAUAUGCACAGGUAAAUAUUCUUGUCAUUAUAAUCGACGUGUUACAGUGUGUAAUGUGAUACGAUAGUAGUCGGUUUAUAGUAUAUAACCACUUCCUUCCUUUCCUCUCGUAUAUAAUUAAGAACUUAAAAUAACUCUAAAGAAUAAACUACAUCACUAUCGGCUAGCGACUAUUUAGCGAUAAUAAUAGCCUACCAUGUCUUUUACUAUCGGCGCUCGAUGACUGUGUAUAUAAUUUUUUUUUUUUUUUUAAUCAUUUUUAUUACUCUUUCCUCCCUCUUAUAUCUCUUUUCCCGUGACCUGUCCCCUGUAAAUCUGUCGCCUUCAAUCCCAGAAGUAUCAAGUUCGGGCGAGAAAAAGUGGGAAAAAGUUUUCCAGUUCGUAAAUCGAUAUUGAUAUUGAUCGAAACGCUUCGAUAUUAAUUCUCACAGAUGCAAACAAACGUGACAGCGAACUCAGGGGGUUUUCAAGAAGCGUUUCAACAUUCAACGAGAAAAAAAAAAA